GCAGGUUUAUUCCUGCUGCCUCUCUCAUAGAGUUUAUUUUGUUCUGAUCUGUUCCUUUUUUAUAGAACUCUCCUGUUUCUCACCUCCUGUUGUUCCUGAACUGUUGCUGCUGUAUUUUUUCCUCAUGUCUUUGGCUGCCUGUUGCAGGUCUGUGUCUCUCUACUGACGUCGCCCUCCUGAACUCCUCACCUGCUCUGGUCUGCGUUACCUUCAAUAUCAGUUCCUGUUCUUGGUCAUGGAUGACUUUGUUUGUAACAAACUGACUGAAUGGGGUCUUAGUGAGCUCAUUGAUAGAUUUAAAGAUCAUAGCAUGGACAAGGAAAGUCUGUAUGAUCUUGAAGAUCAAGACAUUAAAGACUUGAUCCCAGAAGUGGGACCAAGAGCAAAAUUCAAGAAGAGACUGAAGCAGUUAAAGGAAGAACAAAACACAAAUCAGGAAGCAGCAGAUUCUUCUGUUCCAAGUCAACAGGAGCGUGAAGAAGCAGCUGAUUCAGUUCAGGUUUUACCAUCAACAAGUUCUCAAGGGAAGAGAAAGUUGGAUGUUAAAGAUCAAUCCAGCAAAUGGAAAUCACCAAAUAAACGACAAUGUGGCAAUGAAAGACAAUCAUACACAGAAGCAUUCAUACUGUCUGAAGUGAAAGACCUAAUGGAAUUGGUCCUUGAAAGACUACAACACCAAGACAACACGAAGCUCAAUGCUUUCCUGAGGACUAAAAUCCAUGAUUUGGAGACAGACAAGAGGGAACUGAUCGGUGUCUUUGGCAAAACUGGGGCUGGAAAGAGCUCUUUGAUAAACGCCAUCAUUGGAGAGGAGGAUCUGUUGCCUACUGGAGAGAUUGCUGCCUGUACCUCAGUCAUGAUUAAAGUGGAGGCAAAUAUACGUAACUCAAAGUAUGAAGCAGACAUCGAGUUCAUUGAACCAGAGGACUGGAGAGAUGAGAUGUGGUCAAUGGCAGAGUUUCAUGGUAAUAGUAGAGAUCAGGAACAGGAAGAUGAUAAGAAUGGUGACGAUGACGACGACAACAACAGCUACGACUACGGUGAUGACGACGACGAUAACGACUACAAUGAACCCGGUGAUGAUGAAAAGCUGUCAGCGGUGUAUGGAGAGGAAUGGAGGGACAAAACCCCUGAAAACCUCAUUGAAAACAGACAUUUCAAAGAAAUCCCAGAGUUCCUCCAAUCCAAGAAGAAGACUCUGACAUUUCAAUCAGCCAAAGAGCUAUCUGCAAGAUUAGUCAGAUACACAAGAAGUGCCUCCAGUGACGGAGAAGGUAAAGAAGUAAUGAGGUGGUUUUGGCCACUGGUGAAGUGUGUGACUGUCAAGGUGCCAAAUAAUGAUCUUCUCCAACACGUCACACUGGUGGACCUUCCUGGAAACGGAGACCGGAACAAGAGCAGAGACAAAAUGUGGAAAGGGAUUGUUGGCGACUGUUCUACUGUGUGGAUCGUGACCAACAUUAGUCGAGCAGCAUCAGAAAAAGAAGCCUGGGAGAUCUUGGAGAGUACCUGCAGCCUCAUGGGAAAUGGUGGCCAGUGUCAGCAAAUUCACUUUAUCUGCACCCAUUCUGACCGUAUUGCACGUUCAAAAGAUCAUUCACCAGCUGAGGUUUGUGGUCGGAUACUUCAAAGAAAUGAGGAGGUGAAGAAAAAAGUGGAGGAAAACUUUCGCAAGCAACAACAGAUAAAUAAACACUUCAGUGAUGACUGCCUCAAAGUGUUCACAGUGAGCUCCACAGAGUUCCUGGACAAAGAACAUCUAAAUCCAGAGGACACAGAAAUACCCCAGCUUCUGGAAUUUUUGAUGGAUCUCAACAACUGUCACUCAGAGACAUUAAACUAUGUGUCUGGAGCUCAUGGGAUUCUCUCUUUGAUGCAUGGAGCCAACUCUACAGAAGGGGCUGACAACAAAGCCGAAGUUUGCAGAGACCUUGAAGAAAACAUGAGACGUGAACUCAGUAAAGUCAGAAAACCAAUGGAAGAGGCUUACAACAAGUUUGAACAACGCCUCAAAGCUGGAGUUCAAAAAUCCACGUCAUGUGACAUAACCUUGAAGUCCAUCUUAAAACCUAGAGGGGUGUCAGGUGGCGGGUUUCACAAGACACUGAAGUCACUUGUUGAGAACGGUGGCGUCUACAAACCAAAGAAAAAGAAACAAAUAAACAUCAACAUGAAGCUAGCUUCAUAUCUGACCAGCAGCAUUGAUGAGGAAUUCAGGAAGACCUUCCCAAAUGAUGUAAAACGUGGACCGAUCAGCAAAGUCAUUGAUAAAUUUUCACUUGACACAGAUGAGCUGAGUCAAAAGUACAAAGAUGUUGGAUUGCAACUGAACUUUCUGAAGACGGAGGAAGAAAAAAAUCAUGCAAAAUUCAACAAGAUCAUCCGGGACCGUAAGAAAUCCAUCUACAACAGUCUGACAGAGAAAAUAGCGGAAAUCAUGCAGGAGUGCUACAGAAAAGCAGCAGAGUUUAGAGGAAAAGGCUCACUGGAGAAAAUGAGAAACACUAUUGCAGAACAUGUACAAGUCUCCAAAGACAUGAUGUUUGUGGAGGCUAAAGCUGCCAUGUUGAAGCUGCUGAAUGACUUGAAGGAAGAGAUCCUGAAGAAACUGCAGGAAACCUUGGAGGAAUCCAUUGAGAUCUCACUGAAGACUGAUGACAACUCAAUCCCAGAUGUUCCAACUGAACUUGAGAUGGUGAAGAAAUACUGCGAUGAACUGAAAGACAAUCCAGACGGAGAAACAUCACUACUGGAGUAAAACCUUGAAUCUUCCAUCAGUGGACAGAAACAUCAGAGGCCUGGUCUUCCACUGAACAUCUCUGAGGAUCACUGACUCAACACAGGACACUCUGGAUUUGGUCUCAACCAUUUUUAUUAAGUUGGUUUCUAUGUACUCUCUGAUGCUUUGGUUUGAUUUGUUCCUCGACUUUGCUUUUAUGAAUUUUGUACUGAGAUAUUACAGAUUUUUGGAAAUUUUUUUUCUUUUAUUGAUUCCAGUCCAGAGGAAACUAAAAAAGUAGAGAGAGAUGAAAUGCAAAGAGCCCUGGUUGGAUUUGGACCAGUGAUGUUGUGGUUUUCAUCAUAAAGGUACAAACCACAAAACAUUUAGAUUUUAAGGAUUGAACUGUUCUUUUCUUGUUUUCUAGUAUUGUGUUUGCAUGUUUUCUGAGUUUAGUGUGGGUUCAUUGGGAUAGGAGCACUGCAACUUCAGGGAUUAGAGCAAUGUGUGUCAUUUUAACCUUGAACCUUGAAUACAGCUCAAACUGCAGGUUUGAUUUAACACAGAUUUUAGACUUUUAAAAGAGUGAUUUUAAAUGAAUGGUUUUCCUUUGCGUUCAAGCUAAGUUCAAGAACAGAACCUUGAAUACAGCUCAUACUGCAGGUUUGAUCUGACAUAGUGUUACGUUCUAUCCUCGCCAUGUGCUUGGUAUUGGACUUUGUAGAGCCUCUGUGUGUCUGGAUGGUUUUUAGAGACUGUACUGAUUACAGCUGGCUGAAGGCAAAGCUCCAGAUCCUACCUGGCAUUCUUCAGGAGUGAUUGGCCUGGAGCUCCAUACCUGCUUUAAGCCCUGGUUCUCCCCGUCUCCCGACCCAUCUGAUCGGUCCACCAGCACAACUCCUCCUCCCACAAACCACACCUGUGGAUAAAUCUUCACCCAGAGUCUCAGUCUGGGUGGCUGGGAUCUAAUGUGACCAGUUGUUCCUGGUGUGUUGUUGUGUUUUGUGUUGUGUGGUCCUUAGGUUCUGUCGACACUGAGGGUUGGCUACCCUGAAUGUAGCUUCUGUUAGCUGCUGCUGUGUCAGUGAGGAGCUACCAGGCUUGGUGAAGACUGUUUCAUCUGGUUAUUUCAGUUACACCCAGCUUAGUCUAGCAGUUGGGUCGUAACUGAUAGAUUUUUGGAUUUUAAAAAACAGACCUUGAAUUACUGCUUUUCUUCUACAUUCAAGGACAAAUAUUUACUUGAUGCAAAAUAACAGUCUCAUUAUUUACUGUUGUGGUUUUAUGUCUAAUCUGUUCUGACUUUAAAUCCAGAUGUGUGUUUGAUUUGAUCUACUGUCUAAUAAACCUGUGUGAAAGAGUG